CACCUAACACUUAAGCUUCAAGAAUCAGACAAAGUUUUAUAUAUAUAUGCUGUUGAUUUCUCAAGCCGGCAUUGAUUAUUACUCCAAGCUUCUGAAUUUUCUUCAGUUUUAGAAAUUAAAACCUGUCUAAAUCUUCAAUGGAACUCCCACAAAUUGAUCCCACUGCUGAUCCCUGUGGCUACUUGGGAAUCAUCCGAAACCCCGACGGCUCGAUCACACGUACGUUGAAGCUGCCUCAAUGCCCCGCCUCCUCUGACGCGGCGGUCCUCAGCAAGGAUAUUCCUAUCAACAAAGAAACCAACACUUGGGCUCGUGUUUAUCUCCCCCGGCGGCCGGAGUCCUCAGCUGCUCCGGCAACCAAACUGCCCCUUCUAAUUUACUACCAUGGUGGAGGAUUCAUUCUUGGCAGUGCAGCUGCUUUGUUUAUCCACAAGCUUUGCUGUGAAAUCGCGAGCGAAAUUCCGGCUGUGGUCGUGUCGGUGGACUACCGUCUCGCGCCCGAGCACCGUCUGCCUGCCGCCUACGAUGAUUGCAUGGAAGCGUUGGAAUGGGUCAGAAGCACCGGUGAGGAGUGGUUGACGGAUUUUGCUGAUCUCUCAAAGUGUUUUCUCAUGGGCACUAGUGCCGGCGGAAAUAUAGCGUACCAUGUGGGUUUACGUGCGGUGACGUGCGGGGACGGCUUGGUGCCAGUGAAGAUCCAAGGGCUGAUAUUGCAUCACCCGUUCUUUGGUGGGGUGGAGAGGACCCCGUCGGAGGUCAGAUUAGCCAAUGACAAGGUGUUCCCGCCAUGCGUGGCGGAUGUUAUGUGGGAUCUGGGGUUGCCGAUUGGCGUUGACCGUGAUCACGAGUACGCUAAUCCAAUGACGGCCGAUAAAUCACAUGAUUUUGAGAAGGUAAGGGAUCAAGGGUGGAGAGUGCUGGUGACGGGCUGUGAGGGAGACCCCCUGGUCGAUCGACAAAUCGGAUUAGUGAAAAUGUUAAAAGAGAAGGGAGUAGAUGUUGUGAGUGAGUUUAGCGAAGGAGGAUUUCAUGGAGUUGAGCAUUUUGAUGAUUCUAAAGCUAAGAUUCUCUAUAAUGUGGUCAAGAAUUUUGUGCUUUCUUUCUAAGCAUUUCGCUACUAUUACUACCUUUUAUUUUAUUAUAUUUUAUUACUUUUAAGAGGUU